GAGCCCUCGGGUCCCACUUCCGGUUUCGUCGCGCUGCGCUGGCGAUCAGCCUGUGUGCCUCAGCGGCACCUUUGUGGGCUGCGGGGCGUGCGUGGACCCUUCUCCAACCCUCUCGGCCUCGCCGCCCGGAGCAGGGCAGCGGGCGCCGGCCGCCCCGGUGCUGGCGCGAGUGCUGCUGGGUAACGGGCCUGCUCGGGAGGCCCCGGGCUGCUCCUGCUCGGCUUGACUGUGGCCUCCGGGGCUCCCGACUCCAGGCCCGCGGGAGCCGCGGCCGAAGACAUGGGACUCCCUCGGUGCACCCGUGGCGGCCACCGUGACGGGGGAAGCGGUGGUGUCUUCGAGGAAACCGGAAGCCCGUGGUGACCCCUGGCGACCCGGUUUGUUUUCAGUCGGUUUCCAAACACUGGGGAAGCGAAACCCGGUGGCCUUGGGGGCGGCCCUACGUAGCCAGGGUUCAGGCUGCCAUGGACACACUAGUAGAAGAUGACAUCUGCAUUCUGAAUCAUGAAAAAGCCCACAGAAGAGAGACAGUGACUCCACUUUCAGUGUACUCAGGAGAGGAAUCCGUUGCUUCACAUUUUGCCCUUGUCACCGCGUAUGAAGACAUCAAGAAGAGACUUAAAGAUUCAGAGAAAGAAAACUCUCUCUUAAAGAAAAGAAUAAGAGCUUUGGAAGAAAAGCUUGUUGGAGCUCGAGUAGAUGAAGAAACAAGUUCUGUGGGACGAGAACAAGUGAAUAAGGCCUAUCAUGCAUAUCGAGAGGUUUGCAUUGAUAGAGACAAUUUGAAGAACAAAUUGGAGAAAAUAAACAAAGACAACACUGAAUCUUUGAAAGUAUUGAAUGAACAGCUACAGUCUAAAGAAGUAGAGCUUCUGCAGCUGAGAACAGAGGUGGAAACACAGCAGGUAAUGAGGAACUUAAAUCCACCUUCAUCAAACUGGGAAGUGGAAAAGUUAAGCUAUGACUUGAAGAUCCAUGGUUUGGAACAAGAGCUGGAACUAAUGAGGAAAGAAUGCAACGAUCUCAAAAUAGAGCUACAGAAAGCCAAACACACGGGGCCAUCUCAGGAAGAAAUUCUGCAGGACAGAGAUCUCACCAGACCGAGCUUGCCGAGAGAGGAGCAUGUCCCACACCAGGGCCUUCUCCACAGUGAUAAUAUGCAGCAUGCAUACUGGGAACUGAAGAGGGAGAUGUCUAACUUGCAUCUGGUGACACAAGUGCAAGCAGAACUACUCAGAAAACUGAAAACCUCAGCUGCCGUCAAGAAAGCCUGCACCCCAGCAGGAUGUGUUGAAGACCUUGGAAGAGACAGCACGAAAUUGCACUUGACAAAUUUCACUGCAACAUACAAAAGACAUCCCCCUUUGUCACCAAAUGGCAAACCUACUUGUUAUGCUCCGUCCUCCCCUUUAGCGGGAGAUAUAAAGGUUUUAUCAGACAAAGCUGUUCUUCAGUCAUGGACAGAUAACGAAAGACUGAUUCCUAAUGAUGGGAUGGACUGUCAGGAGCACAACUCUUAUGGCAGAAAUUCUCUGGAAGAUAAUUCCUGGGUGUUCCCAAGUCCUCCUAAAUCAAGCGAGACAGCAUUUGGUGAAAAUAAAAGCAAAACCUUCCCUUUAGCCAAUCUGCCACCACUGCAUUACUUGGAUCAACAUAAUCAGAACUGCCUUUACAAAAGUUAAUUGGAUGGGACUCUUGAUUUGAACAGGAGGAGGACAGUAACUUUCACUGGUUCUCCCAAGAGAUUAUUCAGACUGGAAGUGGACUUUGAUUACAAUCUUGCAGAGUUCGCCAGUUUGUACAUUUGUACAUUCUAUACAACAUUAUGUAGUUGGAUUUCUAGUAUGAGAACCUCCAGCUGUACCUUUGGUAACAAUUAAAGGAUUUUGCUUCUUGGAUUAAGAAUGGAAAUGGAAAAUUUAGACAUGGUUUUAUAAAGUAUGUCACCUGCCUAAAUACCUAUUCACUAAAUAAAAAGCAGUCUUUAAUACAAAAUAAAAACCAUGUCUGCUGGUUCAGAUUGUAUUGAGAAACAAAUGGGUAAUGUGAAUAGGUUGUGCUUCUGUGACUUCCUGAUGCAUAAAGAUUUGAAAUAUAAUGGAAUAAAAGUAGGUUAUUACAUCUCUAUGCUAUUGUGUUUUAAGAUUUAAAAUCAUUUUUAAGUAAAAAUGUAUACAAUUUUAAAAUGCAAUUUGAAUUCUAAGACUUGAACUAACAACCACUGAAGCCAACUUUUCCCCAGUAUAUUCAAAUCCAAAAUAGUUAAAAAUGAUAUGGUAUGUGAAUAAACUAUAUAAUCUUACACAUGUAGUUAAAAGUGGAAAGAGCAUCUCACAGGGCAGUCUCUUCAGUGAUUCAGCAGGACAGCUGUGUUUUACACAGAGCAGCUUGUAUACUGUUGGACUAUGACAUCUGAAAAAGUGAUUUUUAAUUAACUGCAUCUAGAACUAAAUUUUGUGCUGUCUAAUCAUGAAAUGUCUCCAAAUUCAUUUUAAUUGGUAAGUCACUUGUAAAUAAGUAAAGAAUAACAAAGAUGGCUUCAUGUGGACAUUUAUCUAAAUUCCUUCAGGGUUGAAGCAUUAAGAGUAUUAGUAAUCAUGUAUUACUGUUUGAUGUAAGACUUUAUCCUUUUCUAAAUGGUAUUUCAUAUAUCCUGAAUUUAAAGGAUCUCGGAUCUCAUGUGUAUGAAUAUCAUACAUAGCCCAACAGUGUUCACUCUUCACCAGUUAUUUUUGUAUUGGUAUUAUCUCACUCACUUAUUCAUGCCUGUCCAUGAUUAAUGGAAUUGAUGUCAGAUGCUGGAAUGUAUUCUGACCAAUGAAUACAGCUGUACUCGAGGGAGUACAGGCUCCUGUCAAGUAAUAUAACAAGACCCAAUAUGCAUAAAACAAAUAGGAGACUCCAGGCUUUACUUGAAGGAACUAACUACCUGUGUAAUAAGAAAGCAGAUUUAUUUCUCAUGUGGCUGUGGAGGCUGUCCAUCAUCUCAUGUCUAACGUAGCUUACUGGUUUGCCUUUUUUUAAACCAAGAUUAGAAGUUUUCCUUUGUAAAGAGAGUCUUAUAAUGUUUUGAACAAUGCCAAGAAAUUGUUUUAAUUAAAAUUAUUUUUGUUUUUAAAAUGGAA